AUGGACAGCUCACUUGAAUCACGAGGCUCGCACGAUGAUAUCCAAUACCGAGGGACGCAGCUCUUCGCUGUCCAACUGUCCUUCUUGCUCGCGGCCGGGAUCUUUGUCUUGUCAAGAGCCUACGUCAAAGUAUGCAUCGUCAAGAGUGUGGCUGUCGAUGACUGGCUUAUCUUUGGGGCCAUGCUUGGGUAUACGGCAUACGGCGGCAUUGCUCUCCACGGGAUCACCUCGGGCGCCACCGGAAAGCACAUCACGGAACUCAAAGUCGACCAAGCUGUCAUCUCUCUUAGAGCCUGGUACAUCUGCGAAGUGUUAUACUCCCCGAUCACGCUGGCGAUCCGAACCUCGAUUUGUGUUUUGCUUCUCCGUCUCGCGCUCAACAAAGUCCACCGUUGGAUCAUCUACGGUAAUCUCGCCGUUGUCUGGAUGAUUUCUAUUGCCUUCUUUUGCAUCAUGACCUUCCAGUGCAUGCCUCCGUCCUACUUUUGGAAACAACUGUAUGGAGAAGAGGGGUCGUGUAUCAACUUCAACAUCGUACCGGAUGCGACCAUUGCUCAUAGCAUCAUCUCGGCGAUGUCAGACUGGUGCAUGGGCCUGCUGCCAAUUGCCCUCCUGUGGAACGUCAACCUCAACCGGCGGACCAAAGCACUAGUUGCCGUUCUCCUGAGUAUGGGCAUGGUUGCUGGCAUUGCUCUUAUAGUGCGUAUACCAUAUGUGAGACGUCUAGCCAUCUCGACAGACUUUCUCUACGAAACAAUCGACGUUGCCAUCUGGAGUGUCCUGGAGCCCGCCCUCGGUAUCAUCGCGGCUUCGGUUACCAGUCUACGGCCUCUAUUCCAGAACUGGGGCUUCGGAUGGAGCAACAAGAGCAAGCAAUCCCGUCCAUCGGGUGCCGGCUGGGCGAACUCGAGCGGCCAUCCAGGAACCAAGGACUCGUCUGGUUCCAACGCCAGAGGAGGCAAAUCCGAAAACUCAAACUCGACUGUACGCACGUUCAACGACAUUGAUAGGGCCUUGUCCGGCACGGGUUCGGAUAUCGAGCUGAACCAGACGGUCCGAGAUGACGGCGGGCGGGACGAGUACGAGGACUACGACGCAUCGAGGCCGUCGUCCGAUCUCGGCCAGAGGAGCCACGGCCAGGAGAUACAGGCCCGCGACAGGCCGGUCAUUAACGUCCGGACAACUAUUGAUAUCAUGUCACACUCGACACACUCAAUCGAUCACGUCUUGCCGCCAGCAGAAUGCUCGGCCAACGACGAGCAGGACGAGUCGAUACAAGGCCCAGCGGGUGAUCGCAGAGGCAAGGUGGCGUAG